GAUUUUUUGAAACCAGCACCUGAAUACAAGUUUUAGAACUCGGUAUGAUCUCGAAACCAGCGCCUGAGAGAAACCGAGGAGGGAGAAGUUGAGAGCGUCUCUCUCUAGCCAUUCGCGGCUAGACUCUUCCCCUCACGGUUUUUCUUCAGGUCGGCACCACCACACACGGCGGCCGCCGCCGCCGGGGCCCUCCUGGCUCCGGCGGGUCUGAGGUUCCAUGGUUACAGUUCCACUUACGGAUGACCUAUGAGUUUUUUGAAACUUCGUGCAACCGGAAAGGAGGGCUAGAAUUGCAACAGCCACCACCGUCUCCAUUGAUGGUCAUGGUGAUGUGUCUGGUUACGUUCCCAACUUGGAGGGGUUUGACUUGUACGAUUCUUGAUAUGGGGAUGGAUGGUGGUCUGGAGCACUUUUUGAGAAUCCUGGAAGGUUUGUCAUUUGGGGAGCUGAUAGCCGGAGAAGACGACUGGGGGGAUUGGUGCGACUACAAGGCCUUCUAUGUGUUAUUCUCUGGUAAGGAAUUCUUUCUGUGUAUUUUACUUAGAAAGCAACCUGGGGUCGACGGAGAAGACCACCGUACUGCUGGGGUUGGAACCGCUGGGUGCUACUUUUCGUCCGGCUACUGUCCUACCGCCCUCUAACACUACCUACCAUUGCCGUUUGGGGUCGCCGGGGUCAAGCGGGGGUGGGGGUGAAAGGGGGGUUACCGGUUGGGCUUGGUUACAUUUCCGGCUGUUUUUUGUUUGUUCUAUCUCUGUUCUCUGGCCACCGGAAAGCCUGGUUGACGCUGGAGCCAGGUGGGGGGGUCUGGAGGGGGAGGGUGUUUUGGAUGACAGUUUUGCCGGAGAAGAGGAACGGGGGCUCUGAAGCGAUUACAGGGUGACCGGAGAUGAUCUUCGAGGUUGUGUGACGUUCUGGUUGCGUUAAGUUUUCCUGAAAGCGUUUUGGGUUUCGCCGGGGAUAACCACCGUCGUGCUGGGGUUGGAACCGCCGGACGCUACUUUCCCGGCUGGUUACACACUCUAUUACUCUCCUGCCUGACCGCCUGGAAGCCACCGGGACCUGGUGGGGUAGGGGGGAAGUGGGUGGUCACGAGCGAGCGUGACGGAUCUGAAUUCUUGGGCUACUUGUGACCGUCCGGUACUCGCCGGCGACGGCGUUCAAUAAGUCAACGACACUGACUGAUGGCAUUGAUUGGACCGCCUGACACCUGUCGGUUACUGUAGCAACACGUGGGAUCGAAUUUGAAAUUGGGGGCUUACUGCUGCGGCGCUGGGAUGGAUGCGAUGAGCUGUUGGGCUGAUCUUUCUAAACCCUAGCUCGAAUGCUGGGAUGUGCAUAGGUAUUGGGUUUUUUUUUUGUGGACUUCGCUGCUGCUGGUUUUUGGGCUUUACUGCUGCUGCUAGUUUGUGGGCUGCGCUGCUGCUACUGAUUUUGUGAGCUUCGUUGCUAGCUUUCUGCUUUGGGAAGAUGGACUGUAGAGAUUGACAUCUUGGGCUAUGAUUUUUGCUGGAAUUUCCCAUUAUGGGCUUUUGAUGUAUUUUGAUGAAUGAGCCGGGGCAUGUCCCGUGCCAUUCUUGGAAUGUAUUUUGGAAACAAAAAAAUCCUAUCUCCCCUACCCCUGC